AAGCCCCGGCAGGCAAGAGCCGGUCACAGCACAACCAGUCACAUCUGAGUGGUAAUUACUGUCUCAUGACUGAGAAGUUGGACUCUAGUCCCACAUCCAUAGAGUCACGGUCCAUGUCCGUCACCAUCUGCCCAAUCCUAGACAUUGCUGACCGGUCUGUGAGAUGGAUGCUGUUUGGCGGGGCGGCAGAGGGGGCAAGGGCGAGGGGUCGCAACAAAGUGAGAAAUGGAGGAAAGGAAGGACCGCCCGAGACUCUAAUAAUAAUAUGUACUCCGACGGAAGGAAGAUCAACACCUACCUCGCAGGCUCCCACCGCCUUGCACUGCAUCGUGAAGCGCGUCGAGCACCAACACUCUCGGAUACUAAUCACUGCAUGUCGGCAUUUGCUUCUAUUGGCACUACUGCUGCUUUUCCCAAGUAUCUGACCCACGAGUCUUUGCUCAAGGUGCGCACAUUUGCUGCAUUGCACCGCAUCGUCACAUCACCUUGCCAUUUCCGGUCCAGCCACUCACUUACUCACAAGUUAUCAAGUUCAGGAUCAAUUGUUCGCCGAGUGACGAUCCUGCGUACAGGUCCCGCACUAUUCCGCCGGCGAGUCGAUUUUCUUCAGUUGCAGUGCAUCCGCGUUUGCGCUCUGCAAGUUCGUCUCGAGACCGUGCCGCCUUGGUUAUGUCUGGACAAGGACAUGUGGACCGACAUGGAGUCAACCGACGACAAGGUUGAUCAGCUGCUGACAUAUUGGUCGUUCCUCUCACCGGUGCCCCGCACCAGCAACGUGGGUGUGGCAUAAAGACCCUAAGAGGCAAUCCUGCAAGAUGCAAGCGACAACGCUUAUCCCUUUCCCUGCUCCCCCGCUCGGAUCAAUAGCC